AUGGGUGCCAAUUUUUGGAAACAACGUUUUUUCAACAAGAUUGUAGUGGUGGUGGUAUUACUACUUGUACUGUUGAGUCGUACUGUAUGCAGGACACAUUCUAUUAACUGCACCAUAGGCAAUGAUCCCUUCCCUAUUCGUCAUGAAUUUUACCAGCCUGGAGAUUUUGUCAUUGGUGGGAUUGUUUCUCAAGUCUUCUUUCUCUCUAACAACCUCUCUUUUGUGGAACAGCCUACAAAGAUACUGACUGAUGAACCCCUGCAGAACAAUCUUGUAGCAAUAAUUGGAGGAUGCAUAUCUGAAAUCUCUGCCAAUAUAGAGAUAAUUGCAGACAUCUACAAGACUCCACAGAUGGUCCCAGAUGAAGCCCAACAGUACAGAGGAGUUGUACGACUACUUCAGCAUUUCAAAUGGACAUGGAUUGGGCUUGCUGCUGCGGAUGAUGACAAAGGGGACAGAUUUUUACAAGUGAUGGAGAUGGUGCUUUCCCAGAAUGGCAUCUGUUCUGCCUUCACUGUCAGAAUUCUACAGUGGGCAUAUGUAGAUGAAAUUAUUGAUUUGUUUUUACAGCAAUGGGAAAGCUAUAAUAUUGUGAUUGAGAAGAAAGCCAAUGUCAUUUUUGUGUAUGGAGAGCCUCCCUCUUAUCAGAGCUUGAGACUCUUGCUGUUUGCAAUACCAUUUUUAGGAUUGCCACCUCUGGGUAAAGUGUGGAUUGUUACAUCCCACUGGGAUUUUGCAUCUUUAUCAUUUCAAAAAAUAUGGGAUCUACAAAGCUUACAUGGUUCCAUUUCAUUCACUGUUCAUUCCAACCAGCCAUUAGGAUUUCAGGAAUUCAUUCAUAUGAUAAGACCUUCCUGGGCCAAAGGAGAUGGUUUUAUCCAGGAUUUCUGGGAACAAGCAUUUGACUGUUCAUUAAAAAGGAAUAACAUGCAUGAAGAGAAGAAACAUUGCAGUGGUGAGGAACAGCUGAAGUCUCUGCCUGGAACUUUAUUUGAAAUGAACAUGACUGGCCACAGUUACAAUGUCUACAAUGCUGUGUAUGCUGUGGCACAUGCUCUGCAUGCUAUAUAUGAAUCCAGCUCCAAACAUGCUAGAGUGAUAAAAGGAGCAAGACUGACAUUAUUGAAUGUGCCAUUAUGGCUGGUUCAUCACUUUCUAAAGAGGAUCCUAUUCAAUAACAGUGCUGGGGAGACAGUGUGCUUUGAUGAAAAUGGGGAAUUAGUCACAGGAUUUGAUGUUACAAACUGGCUGAUGCUCUCCAAUGGCUCAGUUGUUAGAGUGAAAGUUGGACGAUUGAAUCCUCAGGCUCCGCCAGAUCAAGAGUUAACCAUUAAUGACGACCAAAUUGUAUGGCAUGAAAGCUUUAAGCAGGUUCUGCCCCGUUCAGUGUGCAAUGAGUACUGCUAUACUGGAUACAGCAAGAAAAAGAAGGAAGGAGAGGCAUUUUGUUGUUACGAUUGUAUUCCAUGUCCAGAAGGGAUGAUCUCUAACCAGAAGGACUUGGAUUCUUGCAUUCAAUGUCCUGAAGACCAACAUCCCAAUGAGGACCAAACUCAAUGCGUUCCCAAAGAACUAACUUACCUCUCUUUCAGAGAAGAUUUGGGUAUCAUCUUAACUAUCUUAGCUACUUUUUUCUCUUUGAUCACAGCUUUAGUACUUGGAACAUUUGUGAAGCAUAAAGACACUCCCAUAGUUAAAGCCAAUAAUCGAAGUUUGACCUACCUCCUUCUCAUCUCACUUCUUCUUUGCUUUCUUUGCUCUUUGCUGUUUAUUGGACCUCCAGAGAAAGUGACUUGCCUUCUCCGACAAAUUGUUUUUGGCAUUGUCUUCUCUGUGGCUCUUUCCAGCAUUUUGACAAAAACCAUCACUGUGGUUCUAGCAUUCAUGGCCACCAAACCAGGAUCUAGAAUGAGGAUGUGGGUAGGGAAAAGACUAGCAUAUUCUUUUAUCCUCUCUGGAACAUUUAUUCAGGCAGGUAUUUGUACCAUUUGGCUAAGUAUGUUCCCUCCAUUCCCAGAUGUAGACAUGCAUUCAUUGGAUGGGAGAAUUAUACUAGAAUGUAAAGAGGGCUCAGCAUUCAUGUUUUACCUGGUUUGGGGCUAUUUGGGCUCCCUGGCCAUUGUCAAUUUUGUUGUGGCUUUUUUAGCCAGGAGGUUACCUGACAGUUUCAAUGAGACCAAGUUUAUCACUUUCAGUAUGUUGGUCUUUUGCAGUGUUUGGCUAUCAUUUAUACCAACCUACCUCAGCAGCAAAGGAAAAUACAUGGUAGCUGUGGAGAUCUUUUCCAUCUUGUCUUCCACUGCUGGCUUACUGGGUUGCAUCUUUUCCCCUAAAUGCUACAUCAUUGUAGUCAGGCCAGAGCUGAACAGGAAGGAAAAUAUCAUGAAAAAAAAAAUGAAAGAAUAA